AACGUUAAAGACACGCUUCUUCGACGCUACAUAUACAGCUUUUACUGGUCUACGCUGAUUCUGACCACAAUUGGAGAGGUACCCGGACCUGUGCAAAACAUCGAGUAUCUGUUCGUAACUCUCGAUCUUAUGUGCGGUGUGCUUAUUUUCGCUACCAUCGUCGGUAACGUCGGCAGUAUGAUAUCCAACAUGAGCGCUGCACGAACGGAAUUCCAAAAUAAAAUGGAUGGCAUCAAGCAGUACAUGGAAUUGCGAAGAGUUAGCAAACAGCUAGAAAUGAGAGUCAUAAAGUGGUUUGACUAUCUCUGGGCCAACAAGCAAUCGCUCAGUGAUCAACAAGUGCUGAAAGUGCUUCCUGAUAAACUGCAAGCUGAGAUCGCCAUGCAAGUGCAUUUCGAGACACUGAGGAAAGUUCGCAUUUUCCAGGACUGCGAAGCUGGUCUUUUGGCCGAGCUGGUGUUGAAACUACAGCUACAGCUAGAAAUGAGAGUCAUAAAGUGGUUUGACUACCUCUGGGCCAACAAGCAAUCGCUCAGCGACCAACAAGUUCUGAAGGUGCUUCCCGAUAAACUGCAAGCUGAGAUCGCCAUGCAAGUUCAUUUUGAGACACUGAGGAAAGUUCGAAUUUUCCAGGUAUUUUCUCCUGGAGACUACAUUUGCCGAAAAGGUGACAUAGGAAGAGAGAUGUAUAUUGUGAAGAGAGGCAAACUGCAGGUUGUUGGUGACGAUGGGCAAAAGGUAUUCGCAACGCUGCAAGAAGGCGCUGUAUUUGGAGAGUUGAGCAUCUUGAAUAUUGCAGGAAGUAAGAAUGGCAAUCGACGAACAGCCAACGUGCGAUCGGUUGGCUACACAGAUUUGUUCGUCCUUAACAAAAACGACCUAUGGAAUGCUUUGAGAGAAUAUCCAGAUGCAAGGAAACUUCUUAUGGCGAAGCUCGAGUAUAAAAUAUUCGCACUUAUUCCGAAGCCGUUACAGGCGGGAUUUUUCUCGACAGUGUUUGCCGUAACAACGCGAAGCAAAAAUGGCAAUCGACGAACAGCCAAUGUGCGAUCUGUUGGCUACACGGAUUUGUUCGUCCUCAACAAAAACGACCUUUGGAAUGCUUUGAGAGAAUAUCCAGAUGCACGGAAACUUCUUAUGGCCAAGGGCAGAGAAUUGCUGAAGAAGGACAAUCUACUGGAUGAGAAUGCUCCAGAGGAACAGCAAACUGUAGAAGAACUUGCUGAGCAACUCACAAACUCUGUGAAAGUCUUACAAACC